AUGGCCAGUAGAAGUAAAAUAGGAACUCUCCUGGAUUUGAUCCCAGGGAAGAGGCGAUUUGGUCUCUAUCGAUUCCUUCCCUUCUUUUUCAUCCUGGGAGGUGCCAUGGAAUGGUUUAUGAUCAAUGCUCGGAUUGGCAAGGAAACAUUUUGUAAGUUUUCAUUCUGUUGUGGUAUAGAUUUUUGUACAAAUUUUGGUUGUGAGGUGGCCCGGAAACACUGCAUGUUGGAUUUAUGUAUUGAAGAUACACUUCUCAAAAAGAAUAAAGGAACACUUUGA